GUCUAGAACAGAACGUAGAAAAUUAUUGCAGCGCUCGCCACGUUAACGCGCCGCAUCGCAUUUAAAUACAGUGAACAUAUAUAACAAUUCGUUUUAUCGUUAUCAUUAAUUAAGCGGUAUCUAAAAUGGCCAUCGCCGAGCACGAUAACGUUUUUAUAUUUGUGCCAAAUUUGAUUGGUUAUGCACGCAUCGUUUUGGCCCUGAUUGCGUUUUGGUUCAUGUCCACGAACUACGUGAUUGCCGGCUGGUGUUAUAUAAUCAGUGCAUUACUGGAUGCCGUCGACGGACAUGCUGCCCGCGCCUUCAAUCAGAGCACACGAUUUGGCGCCAUGCUGGACCAGCUGACGGAUCGUUGCGGCACGACAGGAUUGCUGGUGACCUUGGCCUAUUUCUAUCCACGCUAUAUGUUCUGGUUCCAGCUGUCGAUUGCCAUUGAUGUCGCCUGUCAUUGGCUCUACAUGCAGACGAGCGUUGUGGUUGGACGCGUCUCGCAUAAGGUGAAUGAUAAUUUUGUGAUGCGCAUCUAUUAUCAGAAGGAUGUGCUCACCUUUAUGUGCUGCGUUAAUGAGCUCUUCUACGUUUGCCUGUAUCUCUUGCAUUUCACCUAUGGACCCCUGAUUUUUGGCGCCUCGUUGUUCAAAAUAUUGGCCUUCCUCACCGGCCCCUUUGCCGUGCUCAAGGCCCUGAUCUCUGUUAUGCAUGCUUAUGUUGCUGGCGUCGAUUUGGCAGCUGUAGAUGUUCGUGAGCGACAGGAGAAGCGUCAGAAAGCCGAGCCAGUUGUUGCUGGCAAGAAGCUGGAAUAAAAACAAUGCAAAAAGCACUUUACUAAAAGUACGAAGCAACACUCUUGAUUCCAAAUAACUAAAACUAAAACAAAUGAAAAAAGGAGAAAAAAAUAACAUUGUGAAAGAAGAGAAAAAUCAACUAACUUAUAAUAGUCAAUUUUUAGUAAGUUAUUAGUAUGCACUAUUGCUAAUUUGUUGAUUUUAUUUUGUAUUUUUAGUUUAACAUUUAAUUUGAAUUCGGGCGGGCGACACUUGCGUCAAUAUUUUUAUCACAAGUGAUUUUAAGCAUUAUAAUUGUAUAUUUAUUUGCCUAAGUUAAAGUUAAUGUUAAUUUAUAAAUUUUUGUGACGCUUAUACAAACACACACACACAUACAGAUCCAUGGAUAUAUAAUUAUAUACGAGUAUAUAUACAAAUAUAUGUAUUUAGUAAUGCAUGUGAAAGAAAUUGCAAAACUUGUUAGAUGGGUUCAUAAUUAAUGUCAUCCAUUUUAAAUGAAUUUUUAAAUAUAACCAACUAAUUCAAUGUAUGUGUAUUUAACAUAAGACGUAGCAACAAUUGGUACCUAUUACUUAUUAAAUGGCGAGACCUGCAAAUUGAAGGAUCAACAAGAAAAACAAUGGCGAUAUUAGUCAAAAUCGUUUAAAAAAGAAUUACAACCAAAAUAAAAAUCUACAAACUGUUGUUGUCAGUGGUAAAUACGUUAAAUAAACUAAAUAGUUUUGUGUGCUAAAUUACCCAGUUAAAUUGAUUGUUCUUAAUACACAUCACACGGACAUUUUUGAAUGACGCGCCAAGCGAUUAGAGCAACUGUAUUUGCAGCCCUGGCUAAAACCGAUCAAACAAGCUGUGCGGCGAUAGUAGUCAAAAACAUCAUAAAUUUUAAGCAAAAAAUGUAAAACAA